AUGAAGGCUAUUGUCAUUGAAGAAUUCGUCAACGAUUUCGAUCAAGUCAAGGUCUCAGAGAUUGACCCGCCCAUCGCUAGAACAGACCGCUAUCUCGUCCAAGUCAAGGCCGCCGGGGUAAACUUCGUCGAUACACUCUAUGCCAGAGGGAAACACCAAAACAACCGGUCCCUGGUACGCCCGCCAUUCAUAUUAGGCCUCGAGUUCGCCGGUAUCAUCCUCUCAGCCCCGUCCGCCUCUGACUUCUGUCCCGGCGAUAGAGUCUUCGGAGGCUGCACGGGCUCGUACAGCGAUAUUAUCUCACUCGACGCCUCGACACGCCUACAUCGCAUCCCCACAAAAUGGACUUUCGCCCAAGCUGCCGGGCUCGCCGCCACGCUCCCCGUCUCCUACGCAGCGCUCAUCCAGGCCGGUAUCCAAGCUGGCCAGACCGUGCUCGUCCAUGCUGCUGCUGGCGGACUCGGUCUUAUGGCCGUUCAGGUUUCCGCAGCCAUGGGAUGCCGCGUGAUAGGGACGGCGGGCUCAUCUGAGAAAUGUGACGUGGCUCGAAGAUCAGGAGCCAUGGAAUGUAUCAACUAUACCGAGGACCUAAUGUGGUGGGAUCGUGUACUGGAACUAACAGAUGGAAGGGGUGUCGACGUCGUCUUUGAUCCCGUCGGCCUAGUUGACCGAAGCUUAAAGUGCAUUGCACACAGAGGCAAGAUACUCAUUGUAGGAUUUGCCGGCAUUAAGGAUGAUAUGGAGAAAAUCGCCAUGAACAGAGUUCUGCUGAAGCAGGUGUCGUUGAUCGGUUAUCGGUACGGCGAGAGUCUGCGACGAAAUACAGAAGAGGAAAAGACCAUCUGGGACCAGCUCCGACCCUUGAUCGAGACCGAAACAAUACGGCCGGUCGUCUAUCACUCUGAAUAUCCCGGCCUCAAACAUGUCCCCAGAGCGCUCAAAGACAUGACGAACCGCAAGAUAUGGGGCAAAGCAGUCAUUACUUUAGAUGAUGACACUGGUGACCUGCCUUCGACGAAGCUUUGA